CCCCGACGCUCACCCAGUGCACACACAGGCGCCGAGGCACAGAGGAGCUAAAAUGGCUGAACCAGAGGCGAGCGAGCUAACUUCUGCUGGCAUCUUCCAGGAGAUCUUCACGUCCCCGCUGAACCUGACCCUGCUCAGCCUCUGCCUGUUCCUGCUCUACAAGAUCUUCCGCGGGGACACACCGCCGGAUGUCGGCGAGGUGGAGCCGCAGCUGCCCAAGCUGAAGAAGCAGGACUUCACCCUGGCGGACCUGAAGCCCUACGACGGGCUGCAGGACCCGAGGAUCCUCAUGGCCGUCAACGGGAAAGUGUUCGACGUGACGCGGGGGAAGAAGUUCUACGGGCCAGAGGGGCCCUACGGCGUGUUUGCUGGCAGAGAUGCAUCCAGAGGGCUGGCCACGUUCUGCCUGGAGAAGGACGCCCUGAAGGAUGAACACGACGACCUGUCCGACCUGAACGCCAUGCAGACGGAGAGCCUCUCUGAGUGGGAGGCCCAGUUCACAAUUAAGUAUGACUACAUCGGCAAGCUUCUGAAACCAGGAGAGGACCCAGCAGAGUACACAGACGACGAGGAAGGAAAAGACAAGAAGACGGACUAGAACAAACAGAUGUGACCAAGGGGGAAAGAUGAUAGAUGCCUUAAUGUUUGUAAUUCGAUGCUGGUUGCUUCCUGUUGGGGCCAUUCAGAGAGAACUUCUCCAUCUUCUCGAUAUGCAUUCUAGAGUUUUUGGAUAACGACAAUCCUGGAUUUGAUAUGCCGGCUCCGUUCAUCUCCAUUUUAAGUUAUGUGAAGGUUUGAUGGCAUUAACAGUUAAGCGUACUGCAUUCUGUUGUAGAAAUAAGCAGCGCGGUCAGAGCUCAGAUUAGUUCAUGUAAAUAUGAUGCUGCUGAUGGUUAAAUGAUCGGCAGGUUGAAGUUAGUUGGUCUCAAGUGAGAGAUCUGCUUUGUUCGGCUCACAUCAGUAACAGCCCUUCACAUCAGUUUCAUCAUCCCACAUCCACAGCUUUGAUGUACACUUUAAUAUGGCUGCUGUUCUGUUGCAGGUUGUACAAAUUCCUCACAUCCUUUCAAUCAUCUGACUCAGUUUGCUUAGAAACUAACAAUCUCAGGAGGUGUUUUGAUUAAACUUUAGGGAGAAUAUGAAUGCAGAUAUUUUGGUUUAUCGGAGCAAGCAGCACAAGCCCCUUAAAACUUAUUAAAUAAACCUUUCUGAGUCUAGUUGGCUGGCAAGUUUCCCUGAAAUCAGAGGCCUUGCCAAUGUUUUGCUUGGUCUCAGAGAGAAAACUAUAAAUCAAAGUUUAUUUGUAAAGUUUUAAUAGGUUCACAUUACUUGUCCUACAGGGACGGAAUGCACCUAACCUGUUGAGCUGAAAUAUUCACAUGUUAUAACAUAAAUGCAGCGAUACAGAUAUUUUUAAAGCAUGAUUUCAUAAAUAUAUCACUUAAUUUCCCCCAAACUUCCAAUUCUAUCUACAUAAAUUAGUGAUUGGAUUAAGUGGAUUUUUUUUUGUCAGCUCUUCACAAUAAAAUCUUAUGUUCAGAUUUUUGUAACAUUCCAACACAUCGAAUGAACCGCUGAUCUGAACUGUCUUGCACAUUUGGUAAAAUUAAAAAGCCUCACUUCCGCUGCUGAUUACUGUUAGCCUGACGUUUUCAUACUCAUGAUUGUAGUCAGAAUAUGAGUCUGAGACCGCUCCAUUGGGCUGUGAUUAUGGUGCGUGUUUCAACCGAACCAGGAAAAAAAAUGCCUCUUCGCUCAAUUGGAUAGACCUACAACCAAUCAGAGCAACGUAGUAUGUGACUUAUGAAUCCCGUACGAAGGACGGCAAAAACAUCUUUUCGAUCUACAAAUGCCUUGAUCGCGUUUCUCUGUUCCUCUUUCAAAAUUAAUGCGCUGUCGAUGUCUUCUAAAACAGACUCAAUGGCAGCAUCUACACAUCUCAGCUCUCCAGCGGCAGGCAUGUUUGUGGAAAACAAGUCAACCCAAGCACUCUUUGGUGACGUAGUUGAUUACGUAACUGUUGAAAUGUCCAUCAUCGUAUAAAGCCAGCCCUGACAAUUUGAUUGGUCCAAUAAGCUUCUGUUCGGAAAUAAUUUCUCCCCAACGGAGCGACUCCAGACCGACCCAGGCUAGAUUACUGUUGAGAACGCUUCUAAACUGAACCUCACGUGAUUCUCACAGUGACGCCCCAGGUUUUUAGACUUGGAUUUUGGACUCUACAUCGUGCAAUGAAAGUAUCGUGCAAUGAUUCCGUCAAAGUAAAAAAAAAAAAAAACAUCCACAGAAAUGCCUUCCGUAAAGUUACAGAUGAGAGUUUGUGAGGACAAUUAGAUAAUAGUUAAAACAGUAAAAAACAGAACAGCCUGUUUUCACUUUCCAUUUAAACAAUUUCAAUAAGGGAACAUCUACACUAUGUAUGUACAUACAUAAACUACUAUACUGUCAGCCUGUUAUAAUCCUGACGGAUGCUUUUGAUUUAAUAAAGAAAAGUUCAAAAGGA